CCCCGCCCAUACUCCUCCUGUUGCUCCACCACCUUGGGUGUGUCCUGCAUAACUGAUUCCUAUACCAAGUGAGUACCUCCAGCACCACUGGCUCCUCAUUCCCUCACGAGCAAGGAGUGAAGAGUAACACCUUGGAUUUAACACUGUCUACUUCAGAUUUCUUCAUUGGCGCCUCAGGUCUUUGGUUACUUAACUAAAACUCCUCAAUAUCAGAGAAGCUAAGUUUGCUAACAACUAUAUAAUACAAUAUAUUUGCCUGUGAAAUCUCUUAUUGCCCUGUUGGUUAAAUGAUCCUUUCUGCUCAAGGAGACUCCCGUUUGUUAUUGACCCUGGAAUUCUCAACUGACCAACCUUAACUCGCAGGAAGGGAGAGAGCUGCCCCGAGGAGGCGGGCAGCCCGGGACGGUGAACCGGUGAACCGAGGGGCAGCGGCUGGACACAGCUGGACGGGGGGCUGACUCCCAGUGAUGGCGUCCCCAUUGGAAGGCGGUGCAGAUGCCUUGCUGCUGGAUCUCCCCAGGGGGCCCCUACAGGCCUACCGUGCCCGAGCCUCCUUCUGCUGGAAGGAGCUUGUGCUGUUCUUGGAAGGCGAAGACGUGCUCCGCCUGAAGAAAAGCAUCUUCUCGACUUUGGAGAAUGACCCGCUCUUCGCUCGUUCCCAUGAGGAAGAUCUCUCCUUGGAGAGGUACCGGGAGCUGAGCCUCCUCCGCUGCAAGCGAAUCAUGGAGUACAACCUCCUCCCCUUGGAGGACAUGGUAGCGAACCCUCUGUGGUUUCAGGUGUUCACCGACAGCCUGGGCAUGUAUGACUGGUCCCUGGCUAUCAGGCUCUUGCUGAAUAUGGUGACUUUUGGAUUAGCGAUAUACAACUUGGGUUCUGAAAGACAUUUAAAGUACCUUCCAAAGAUCUUCAACAUGGAGAUUUUUGGAUGUUUUGCCGUGACCGAACUCAGCCAUGGGAGUAAUGCCAAGGCCAUCCGAACAACGGCCCACUAUGACCCCACCACCCAGGAAUUCAUCAUACACUCCCCCGAUUUCGAAGCUGCCAAAUUCUGGGUGGGCAAUAUGGGCAAGACUGCUACCCACGCUGUGGUGUUCGCUCAGCUGUACACACCGGAGGGCCAGUGCCACGGCCUGCACCCCUUUGUGGUACAGAUUCGGAACCCCAAGACCCUUCUUCCUAUGCCGGGGGUGAUGAUUGGCGACAUGGGGAAGAAGCUGGGACUGAAUGGUAUAGACAAUGGAUUUGCCAUGUUCCACAAGGUUAGAAUUCCUCGCCAAGACCUUCUGAACCGGACUGGAGAGGUCACCCUCGAGGGUACCUACGUCACCCCCUUUAAGGAUGACCGGCAGCGCUUCGGAGCAUCCCUGGGCACCUUGUCCGCAGGCCGGGUCGCCAUUGUGGGCAUGUCCACUGUGAACUUAAAGCUGGCUGUCUCUAUAGCACUUCGUUUCUCGGCCACUCGGUGUCAGUUUGGGCCAUCGGAUGAGGAGGAAGUCCCGGUGCUGGAGUAUCAGAUGCAGCAAUGGCGCUUGCUCCCCUAUCUGGCGGCCGUCUAUGCCUUAGACCACUUUUCUAAAUCACUCUUCCUGGACUUGGUGGACCUUCAGCAGGGCCUCAUGGGGAAAGACCGGAGUGCCAGGCAGGCAGAGCUCGGACGUGAGAUCCAUGCCUUGGUGUCGGCCAGCAAGCCCCUGGCCUCAUGGACUGCCCAGCAGGGAAUUCAGGAAUGCCGGGAGGCGUGUGGAGGACAUGGCUAUCUGGCUGUGAACCGCCUGGGUGACCUGAGGAAUGACAACGACCCAAACUGCACAUAUGAAGGUGACAACAACAUCCUCCUGCAACAGACCAGCAGCUACCUCCUCGGCCUGUUGGCAUCCCGCAUUGAACGUGGUGUGCGCCUAGAGAGCCCUCUGAAGACUGUGGACUUUCUGGAAGCCUAUCCUGAGAUCCUUGGUCAGAAGUUUUCAUGCCCCAGCAUCAACAGCUGCUUGGACUCCUCAGUCCCUCUGGCGGCAUACGAGUGGUUGGUUUGUUACUUGCUCCUUGAGAGUUACCAAAAAUUAAAUGAAGAGAAAAGAUCAGGAAGGAAUGACUUUGAAGCAAGAAACAACAGUCAGGCGUACUACUGCCGUCCCUUGGCUCUGGCGUUCCUGGAGCUCACGGUGGUGCGGAGGUUCCACGAGUACACACACCAGCCCAGCGUGCCGCCCCCGCUGCGGGCCGUACUGGGGCGGCUCAGUGCCCUCUACGCCCUGUGGACCCUGAGCCACCACAUGGCACUGCUCUACCAAGGUGGCUACUUUUCUGGUGAGCAAGCAGGAAAAAUGAUCCAGAAUGCCAUCCUGACCCUGUGUUCACAGCUGAAAGACGAUGCGGUUGCCCUGGUGGACGUGAUCGCCCCUCCCGACUUUGUCCUGGACUCACCAAUUGGCAGAGCCGACGGCGAGCUCUAUAAAAACCUCUGGACCGCUGUCCUUCAGGAGAGCAAAGUGCUGAAGAGGCCAUCGUGGUGGUUGGAGUUUACUGUAAAUAAGCCCCAUGUAGGAAGUUUGAAAUCAAAGCUGUAAAGAUGUGGUCUAUAUAUGCAACGGGAUGUUACUCAGCCAUUAGAAAUAACGAAUACCCACCAUUUGCUUUGAUGUGGAUAGAACUGGAGGGUAUAAAGCCGAAGUAAGUAAGUCAGUCAGAGAAGGACAAACAUAUGGUCUCAUUCAUUCGGGGAAUAUAAGAAAUAGUGAAAGGGAAUAAAGGGGAAAGGAGGGAAAAUGAGUAGGAAAUAUCAGAGAGGGAGACAAAACAUGAGAGACCUCUAACUCUGGGAAACGAACAAGAGGUGGUGGAAGGGGAGGUGGGCAGGGGGUGACUGGGUGACGGGCACUGACGGGGGCACUUGAUGAGAUGAGAACUGGGUGUUAUGCUACAUGUUGGCAAAUUGAACUCCAAUAAAAAAAUAAAAACAAAAAAUAAACCAGUGGGACUUGGAAAAACAAAAAUAAGAAAUCAAAGCUUGUAAUCACAGCACCAUGACAGCUCAGUCUAAGUAAACUGAUCAAGCUAAUGAAGAUGUUGACCUCUGGUUAAGACAAUGCUGGAUAUUGCUGCUGCUUUCUGAACGCACUUCUGCUCGUCCUGCGCCAGCCUUUCCAACCAGAUUUGCUGGGAUUACUUCUUCCUGAUGGACUGGGUUUGUUUUUUUUAUUUUGCUUUUUGUUUUGGAUAAUUAGGACUUUGCACGUGCUGUGUGUGCCAAAGAGGAGGCCAGCUGCUCAUAAUCGGAGGUUUUCUGGGCAGAUGAUCUUUUGCAUUCUGGGAUUUUAUUAUUUUUUUUUUUUACAAAGCUCUGCUUCACUAAGUGCUUAAUGAUCCCAAUCUGGUUCUUUGUCAACUAGUGUGACUUUAUCAUAUAAUUAAAUCCUAUUUUAAGCUUACCUGAAUGAUGUAGUUUAAGAUUUUUAAGGAGAAGAAAACCCAUUUUAUAUGGAAAUAGAAGUUUCCAUCAAGGAAAUGUUUCCAAAGAAAAUAAAUGCAUUAACGUUGGUCUGGUCAGUUUACGGUCCUGACCUGCCGGCUGUGUCCAUAGAUUCCUUCAUUCCAGUUUGCAGCUUGGAUCCGGCUGUUCUGCUGUCAGCAGCAUGCCCCGUGCUGCUCGGCAGCUCCCUGCCCUGUGUACCAGCGAGCACGCCUGCCUUCCGGUGGAGGCCAGGUUGGAGGGACACACGGUUGCUCGUGUGUCCCCCACUCAGCACAUCCACUCAGCAGCACAGUGGGCAGACAUGACCCGGGCACCCACGGAGCACAGGUGUUGCCAGGUGAACGAGGAUGGCGUUCUGUUUCCAAAUAGCCCCAAGUGCCUCUGAGCAUGUGAAGGCCAGGGCAGCACCUGUUUUUCAAGACUGAAUUUCCAGCUCUGGGAAUUACCAUAGUGGUUGACUAGAAAGGGAGAGCCCGACCCCACCCUGGACACCUCAGGACGGCCAGCAGCAAUGAGUGGGUGAGAGGAGCUGCUUUUAAUGAACACUUACUGCAUGCAGGGCUUUGUCAUCUCCAUCUCCUGGACCAUCAGACAGCCAUGUGAGGGGAAUUAUGAGCACAUCCAUCUUACAAGUGAGAAAGCUGACCCUGAAAGCCUCAGUCACCGCCGUGGGCCAAACGGCCAGGAAGUGGUCCAGCCCAGAGCACCUGUGCGACCAUCCUGACGUGCUCGGUGCAGCACGGAGUGAGCAGUUGCUAGUAUCCAUGUCAUAGUUUAACUGGGGAGCAGUCCACCUGAAUGUAGCCCACCUCUGAGUGGGCAGCUUCUACCAGCAGCUCCAAGAAGCGGUCCAGGGUCCAGUGUCCAAGGAUGCAGCUCACUUGACUGAACCCACGUGUUGGUUUACGGGGUCUCAUCCAUCCUGCAAGAACAACAGCCGGCAGCUGGCACGCCCUAGAGCCUACAGAAGCCAGCGGUGAAACCAACCUCAGGCACAAUUUCAGGAUAUAGAAAGUGUCAAGGAAGAUCUGACUCACAACUCCACUCUCAGUAAGAACCACUGCUCAUACAUCAUUUCCUUUGGGGCCAGAGGGCACAGCAUUGGGUUCAGUGUUGUCCUGGAUUCGUGCCGGGUCUGCCUCAUGCCACUCUGAGGCCUGAACAUUGACCGUCUUGUCCACACUGCCUGGGGCCCAGUGGACAGUCCAUCCUGCCUUCUGGUAGCAUCGUGGUGCACCCCUUUCCUGAGGCCCUUCUGUGUGCUCAUCACUUGUGUGUGUGCACGUGAUCUCCCUAACAGACACGGGGCCAUCCUCUGGCUGGACUCUUUUUCCUGCUGAAGGGCAUUUCUCAGGCAUUUCUCCUGUCAAGCAGCACGAAUGUUCAAGAUUAACAAGGCUCCUGCGGAAUGUAGAGAGUGUCUGCUCAGAGCAGCUCUGUGCCUGGGUCAGCUCCUGGAAGCCGGCUCUCUGGGACCAGCGAGUACUGGUAAUACUACUGCUGCCGAGUCAGAGGUUGGAAAGCCAGGGAGGACAAGCACAGGGUGAGAGCCUGGCAGGGCCAGAUGGCCUGGGCAGAUCCCCGGGGCGCCCCCACUCAAACAGCAUGAACGACAGAAUCAGCCUUGUCCCGUGCUUGUCAGCAUUGAAGUGGGCUAACAUGUAAGAAACCACAUAUGGCUCUUGAGAGCUCUCCCCAUUAUCACGCCAUUCCCGGGAAGGCACCUGCCUUUCCUGCUCUGUUGCCCCUACCAACGGUGUCCUCCUGGUUCCAGUCUGGGAGGUAAGGAAUACUGGUGCCUCCUGGGCAGAUGCUCCCUACGGAGGCUGGGCGUGUCUUCCCAGCUAUUUGUAGAUUAUCUUUACAUGCUCUGUGAUGAUUGCCCCUUCUUGCUUUUUGUCUAAUGGAGCUUUCAGUUUUUACCGUAUUUUGUUGACUUUAAAAAUAUCUUUUACAUAUUAAGAACAAUAAACCUGGGACACACGUAUUACCUA